GAUAAGAUAAAUCAAACGAAAACAAACACGCGAACCGUUUUUUUGCAUUGCGCUUCUAAAGAUAAUUACGGGGUUGCGAGUUUUUAAUCCAAUUAAUAAACUGUGUUUGUGAAAUUAAAUGCUGGAAGGUGUGUGCCUAAGCUACAAGCAGCAAGUGGCGGGCCUGGACGUGCUGUAAAAUCCAAAACCGGAUCUCCGUGAACUCAUCUUUGUGACGUCGUCUAUUAUUGUAGUAUUGUUGUAUUAAUCAUAGUAGUGGUUACCACUACGGCGAUCGCCGAUCUGUGCAUCUUCCUGCUCACCUGGAAUGUUGGAACUCAUUCGCCCAGGAAUUUGUCGCUGACAUCGCUGCUGGCCUUGAAUGGAACCACCAACUGUCCGGGCAACCAGCUGCCCGAUAUUUACGUCAUAGGCAUGCAGGGGGUCAGCACCAAGCAGGUGCUGAACAUCUUCCAAGACGACCCGUGGGUGCUGAAAAUAGCCUCCCAUCUGCAGGAUCACGAGUACUUCAAGGUGGACUCGAAGCAGCUCCAGGGAAUUCUGAUAACGAUGUUUACCCAACAUAAGCACAUUCCCCACAUGAAGAACAUCGAAACGGAGGCGACCAGAACAGGCCUAGGAGGGCUGUGGGGUAACAAGGGCGCAGUAAGCAUCCGGCUCAGUCUGUACGGAACUGGAGCUGUCUUUGUGUGUUCCCAUUUGGCGGCCCACGACGACAAGCUGAAGGAACGUAUUGAGGACUACCACCAGACAGUGUGUUACACUUGGCUUGUUUCCCAGAGGGCAAUGCCGGCUAGCUGUCGACCCCAGGGCUGGGUAGUUCCCCUUGCCCGC